CCGUCAUGGACCCGAAAGUGCUUGUGGCCACUUUGUGCCUCGUGGCUUUGGCCGUCGACUCGACCGAAGGUGGCAUCAGCAAAUGCUGCAUUAAAACCAGAAAGCUUGUCCCCAAACCAGUCCUGAUGAAGGCCCAGACCUGGCACACGCAGCGCAGCACCGAGGCCUGUGACAUCGACGCUCUCGUCAUCUACGUGGGGGCCCGGAAGAAGCCCAUUUGCGCUCAUCCCGGCGUGGAGAAAGAUCUGAACAGGGUUCAGACCGUCAAGAUGAGGAUGAGGCCGGGAAAAACCCGUUGACACCUGGGGAAAACCUUCUCAACGUGGCUUUCUUGACUCGGGGGGGAGACGGCGGAGGAAAUGUUGCUUUUGUUGGCGCAUUCCUAUUCGUGACUGGUCCUGCUGCCGAAAUAGCCCCCGGCUCGGGCCACUCGCUUGGCUUGUUUUUGCGUGCAUGACGCCAAAUAUUGUCCGCGCUGCUGUAAUGUUGUGCGCUAUAAUAGGGACGCGGCGUGGAAAUUGAUUUGUACGGCGUGUUUCAUAGGGGG